UGUCGGCAAGAGAUCGGGGGUUCAGCAUCGGGCUGCUCAUUCUGACGCAAGAUUAUGGCCUCAUCUUCUGGGGUUUAUUGCUUUUUAAAGCAGCACUAACAAAACGUGUUAACCGAAUUCAGCAUCUUUUAAUUUAUGCCUUCUAGAAAUAUCCAAAAGUCGACGUGACAGCGCAGCCGACGCCUGUGAUUUCGUUAGAAUUCUUUCAUCCGUUCGGAAACCGUUGUGACCAGACAUCUGACGGACCAGAAUGCUGAUCAGGCUUUUCCGUAUCCAUGGUCUGUUUGUGGCCUCCCACCCAUGGGAGGUGAUUGUGACCACCGUGACCCUCACCAUCUGUAUGAUGUCCAUGAACAUGUUCACAGGCAAUAACCAGAUUUGUGGCUGGAACUUUGACUGCCCCAAGUCUGAGGAGCAAGUCCUCAGCAGUGACAUCAUCAUUCUGACAAUCACAAGAUGCAUAGCAGUUGUAUACAUUUAUUUCCAGUUCCAAAACCUUCGCCAGCUUGGGUCAAAAUACAUAUUGGGUAUUGCCGGACUUUUCACCAUCUUCUCCAGUUUUGUUUUCAGCACGGUUGUUAUUCAUUUCUUGGAUAAAGAACUAACAGGUCUAAACGAGGCCUUGCCUUUCUUCCUGCUACUGGUUGAUCUUUCCAAAGCAUGUGCGCUGGCCAAAUAUGCACUGAGUUCAAACUCACAGGAUGAGGUGAGAGAAAACAUUGCUAAAGGAAUGGCAGUCCUGGGUCCAACAUUUACUCUGGAUGCCCUGGUGGAGUGUCUAGUAAUUGGUGUGGGGACUAUGUCAGGUGUUCGCCAGCUUGAGAUCAUGUGCUGCUUUGGAUGCAUGUCUGUCCUGGCCAACUACUUUGUCUUCAUGACUUUCUUCCCAGCCUGUGUGUCAUUAGUGCUCGAGUUGUCCAGGGAGAGCAGAGAGGGACAUCCUAUCUGGCAGCUGAGUCAUUUUGCCCGUGUACUUGAGGAAGAGGAGGACAACAAGCCCAACCCAGUGACUCAGCGAGUCAAGAUGAUCAUGUCUCUUGGCCUGGUGAUGGUCCAUGCUCAUAGCCGGUGGAUUGCUGACCCUGCCUCCCCCAAAGGAACACUGGACGAGGCUGACGUGGACAGAAAUCUGAACACCUAUGCCCCCAAAAGGAUUGAACCUGAUAUGCUCCUAUGGCACUUCUACCUGUCCAGGAUGAUCUGCCUGGAUGUGGAACAAGUUAUCACUCUGGGUCUCGCUCUCUUCCUGACUGUGAAGUACAUCUUCUUCGAGCAAGUGGAGAUAGAGUCCACAUUGUCUCUCAGAGUCCCCAACCCCAGCUCCAUGCUCAGGCAAAGGCGGUCCCCUGAUGACUGUUGUAGGAAAGAGGUGGCCCCCCAACCCUGCGAGGGGGAGAAGCCAACCAAUCCCCUUGCUGUCAUCACCAAAGAAGAACGAGAUUUAGUGAUCAGGCCCCUGUCCACCGUAACUGAAGCAGCUCCUAAAAGCUUGUUUGUGGUGGGAGAGGAGGAAAACCCGGGACAUGCUGAUCUCACCGAGCCCCUGCCCACCAUUCCCUCCACGCCCAGGCCAGUGGACGAGUGCCUGGCGAUUUUGAGAGACUCUGCGAUGGGAGCUCACUACCUCAGUGAUUCCGAGGUUAUUGUAUUGGUGAAUGCCAGACAUAUUCCUGGCUACAAGCUGGAGGCUGUAAUGGAGACUCCUGAGAGAGGGGUUACGAUCCGCAGAAAGAUGUUGUACACAAAACUCCCCAACCCGUCUUCAUUCACCUGCCUUCCCUACAAAGACUAUGACUACUCUCAGGUCUUGGGAACUUGCUGCGAGAAUGUGAUUGGUUACAUGCCAAUUCCAGUGGGCGUGGCAGGGCCUCUGCUGUUGGAUGAAAAGGAAUUUCAAGUCCCCAUGGCAACAACUGAGGGCUGUCUGGUGGCAAGCACCAACAGAGGCUGCAGAGCCGUUUCUCUGGGUGGUGGAGUCAGCAGCAGGGUCUUGGCUGAUGGGAUGACUCGCGGGCCUGUGGUUCGGCUGCCCUCUGCCUGCCAGGCCGCUGAAGUCAAGGCCUGGCUGGACAGCCCAGAGGGCUUCAAGUGCAUCAAGGAGUCCUUUGACCGCACCAGCAGGUUUGCUCGUUUGGACAAGCUCCUUAUCGGUCUUGCUUCACGAAAUCUGUACAUUCGCUUUCAGUCCAGAACUGGAGAUGCCAUGGGUAUGAAUAUGAUUUCAAAGGGCACAGAACAGGCCCUGACUAGACUUAAAGAAGAAUUCCCAGAUCUGCAGGUCCUGGCAGUCAGUGGGAACUACUGCACUGACAAAAAACCAGCUGCCAUUAACUGGAUUGAGGGGAGGGGCAAGUCUGUGGUGUGUGAAGCCACCAUACCUGCCAAGAUUGUCAAAGAGGUUUUGAAGACAACUACAGAAGCUCUGGUGGAUGUAAACAUCAGUAAGAACCUGGUGGGCUCUGCCAUGGCAGGGAGUAUCGGGGGCUACAAUGCUCAUGCAGCCAACAUAGUGGCCGCCAUUUAUAUCGCCUGUGGACAGGACCCUGCUCAGACUGUGGGCAGCUCCAACUGCAUCACCUUGAUGGAAGAAUCAGGCUCCACGGGAGAGGAUCUGUACAUCAGCUGCACCAUGCCCUCUAUUGAGCUGGGCACUGUAGGAGGAGGAACCAACCUGACACCUCAGCAAGCCUGUCUGCAGAUGCUAGGCGUGCAGGGUGCCAGUGAUGUAUGCCCGGGCGAGAAUGCCCGGCAGCUUGCAAGGGUGGUAUGUGCUACUGUGCUGGCAGGGGAGGUGUCACUCAUGGCUGCUUUAGCUGCUGGACACCUGGUCAAAAGCCACAUAACACACAACAGGUCAAAAUUAAAUUUACAGGAAGUAUCGGGAACGUGCACAAAGAAAGCGUCUUGAAACUGCACCAAAUGCUGGGGAAGGAGCAAGGGGUUCACUGGGGGAAAUACAACCAAUUUAAAAGGGAUGGACAGCAAGCCUUUGGGCAAAUCUCGAUAUACUGACAAGUGUCAGAUGGACGGUGGUACUGAAUAUUCUUGUUUGCCGCACAAGUGCACAGCUUGCAAUAUCGAUUGCGGAAUGCCCCUUCUGAAAUAUCUCUCAAAGACUACUGAAGUCAGACUAUACAAUAUUAUACUGUGUACUGUUCUUACAUUUGUAUUUUGCAUAUCUCGCAACAGAUGCUGUUUCUACUGUCAGAGCUUAUUGACUGACUGCAUACAGAUCAUCAUUUAUUUUUACUCCCUAUUCAGUGGGGGAAAUGAAGGUGUAUUUUUAUAGCAUGGCAGUUUGAUGGAAUGAAGAUUAAGCAGGACCAAUGUGAAUGGGGAGCUAAACAUUUGGUAAUUGAACAACUCCUGCAUUGAUAAUCAUGAUGUAUGUGCACGUUUUCCUCAAGGGAAGACAGUAAAGGCACAACUAUUUCACAAAGAUGCUAAAGUAGUCUAAAGGACCUGAAAGACAGCAUUUGCUCCAGGUGCUUCUGUGUGCACUCAGGUAUUGGAGCACUGUGCAUGUACAAUUGCAUCCUCUGCUUGUCACACAUGGAGAAUUUAGCACUUACUGGUUUUGCUUCUUGUAACAGCAGAUGGGAAGGAUGCUAACUAGCUAUGUUUUUUCUAAGGGAAGGUACUGUUUGUACAACAAAACAGCAAAAGGAAUGGCUUUGUAUAAUUUUUUUUGUAAUUAUAAUUAAGGGAAUUGGUCAUUCAUACUGCAUUCUGCUUUGUGUGUUUUGAUAUGUAUACCUUAGCACUCUUCAGAAGUUAAACGCAAAUUUUAAUGUCCAAAAACCUAGAUGACCAUGAAAAGCUCAGAGUUGUGAAAGUCAAAGUUGAUGUUUCAAAGCAAGCGAUGUGGUAUAUAAUUCACAGCCCAUGCAGCUUAUGUCAAUAAACCCAUACGAACAUG